AUGUCAUACUAUCCUCCACCUGGCCAGCCGCCGUAUGGCUCACAACACCCGCCCCCACAGCAAGGCUACUACCAACAACCGCCAAUGAAUCAACAAUACCAGCAACCGUACGGCCAGCCUUACGGUCAGCCACCGCCCGGCCAAGGCUACCCUCCUCCCCAAGGCCAAGGAUAUCCGCCCCCAGGCCAGGCCCCGUACGGCGCCCCGCCGCCUCAGCACGGUUAUGGCGGACACUCGCCUCAGCCGGGCUACGGCCAUCCUCCGCCUGGAGGACCCCCACCAGGUCAAGGCUAUCCACCGCCCGGACAGCAGCCGUAUGGCGCACCGGCUCCCGGCGGCUACGGUCAACCUCCUCCACCCGGUCCAGGCUAUGGAGCGCCUGCAGGUCCUCCUGCAAUGCCAUCCUUGGGCUACGACCUGCGCCAGCGAUGCCCACAUGACAUGUCACGUGCGGCAGACGACCUCCGCGCCGCCAUGAAAGGCUUCGGCACGAAUGAGACGCAGCUGAUCAAGGUUCUGUCCUCCCUCGACGCUCUUCAAGUCGAAGGUGUGAAGCAAGCCUAUCAGCAAAGACACAAGCGCGAUCUCUUGAAGGACGUCCAUGGCGAGACGUCAAGCUACUUCCGCGACGGUUUGGAGGCCAUCAUCAGAGGGCCUCUGGAUCAAGACUGUCACUUCAUCAACGAAGCCAUCAAGGGCGCGGGCACCAAAGAGACCCUCCUCGACGACGUCCUCAUCUCCCGCUCUAACGCCGAUAUCAACGCCAUCAAAGCCCACUAUCAGCAAAAGUUCCGCCGUACGCUCGAAAGCGAUGUCAAGGGCGACCUGUCGAUGAAGACCGAACGCAUGUACGACAUGAUAAUGGCCGCGCACCGCGAUGAGGAGUCCGCUCCAGUCAUCCCGCAACAAGUCGACGCCUGGGUGCAGGAAAUCUACAACGCUACCGAGGGACGCGCAGGCACCGAUCAACUCACCGUCUGCACUGUCCUCGCCAAACGCAGCAACGGCCAACUCCGCGCCAUCGCCCAGUCGUACAAGACCAAGUACCACCGCACCCUUCAGGAGGUCCUCAAGAAGGAAUUCUCCGGCCACAUGGAAUCCGCGCUGAUGAGCAUGGUGUCGGCCGCCGAGGAUCCUGCCAAGUACGACGCCGACCGGCUCGAGGAGUCCAUGAAGGGCAUGGGAACCAAAGACGUGCGCCUUGUCGGAUUGAUCGUGUCCAUCCACUGGGACAAGCAACGACUGCAGCAAUGCAAAGCCGCGUACAAGCACUUCUACAAGCGGGACCUGGCGCAGCGCGUCCAGAGCGAGACGAACGGCGACUACAAGAAGCUCAUGGUGGCAUGUUUGGGCGCUUCCUACUGA